AAAGAUAAUUGGGCAGUAUGCCUUUUCAAUGAAACUAAAAAAUUGAAUAAUAACUUGAAUAUAGAGGAAAUGAUGAUCAAACAAAAGAGCUGUCUUGAAGAACUAUUAAAGAAGCACCAGG